UGGCUGUUUUUUUUGUGCGUUCAAUGCUUAAUAUCUAUUUACAUUUAAAUGUUCAGGUUUGCUUUGUUGAGAUAAGUACUCCGUGAACUUUGUCAUUUCUUUCUACUACCGGAUGAGUCGUGACGUCAGCGGCCGCCCUCUCUGCGGUAUGUUUGUAGACAUGGUCUCUAAAGGCUUCUCUCGCUUUACCAGACUACGACCCUGUCUUCUUCAAAAUAAGACGGGCUGUUCCUAUGUAAGAAGGGCUUUCGUUUCGGACCUUAAAGGCAGGCAGACGAUAAGGCCAUUAGAUGGCGUUAGAGUCUUGGAUCUCACCAGAGUACUGGCUGGUCCAUUUGCCACAAUGAUAUUGGGAGAUUUGGGGGCAGAGGUGACCAAAGUGGAGCGACCAGGCUUGGGGGAUGACACGAGAACAUGGGGACCGCCCUUCGUGGGUGAAGAGAGCGCUUAUUUUCUUAGUGUGAACAGGAACAAAAAGAGCAUUGCAGUUAAUCUUAAAGAUCCCAAGGGAGCUAAACUUGUAAAAGAGCUUGCUAGAAUCUCUGAUGUACUGGUGGAGAACUAUCUUCCUGGGAAGCUGGAUGAGAUGGGACUUGGUUAUAAGCAACUGAGUGAAGUAGCCCCUCAACUUAUUUACUGUUCAAUCACAGGUUACGGUCAGACAGGGCCCCAGUCACACAAGCCUGGAUACGACUCUAUAGCGUCUGCAGCGUCUGGGAUGAUGCACAUUACAGGCCCUGAGGAUGGGGAGCCUGUGAGGCCUGGCGUUGCCAUGACAGAUUUAGCUACUGGACUGUACGCUCAGGGGGCUGUGAUGGCAGGCCUGCUGCAGAGGCAGAAGACAGGGAGAGGUGUUCACAUUGACUGUAACCUGCUCUCUUCCCAGGUGGCAUGCCUCAGUCACAUUGCUGCAAACUACCUCAACGCAGGAAAAGAAGCAAGAAGAUGGGGAACUGCACAUGAAAGUAUAGUCCCUUAUCAGGGCUUCAGAACAAAAGAUGGAUACCUUGUUGUUGCUGCUGGUAAUGACCUACAAUUCUUCAAAGUGUGCAACGUCCUGAGUCUUAAUGAAUUGGCAGAAGAUCCCAAAUACAAGACCAACACCUUACGUGUGCAGCACCGGCAAGCGCUGCUAGAGCUUCUCUCUGAGAGGUUUUCAGAGGAACCCACUGCUGAAUGGCUGAGACGUUUCGAAGGCACCGGAGUCCCCUGUGGUCCCAUCAACACCGUCCAGCAGGUGUUCUCCAACCCACAGGUUGCUCAUAAUGGCCUUAUUAUGGAGAUGGACCACCCAACAUCUGGAAGGAUUGCUGUGCCAGUCACCCAUGAACUCCUUACUUCAAAGUUUGGAUGCAUAAGGGAAGAGCAAGAGGUGAUGCAAAAUGUCAAGAAGGCAGAGCCAAACGCGGAUGACGUCCGACGCCCAAACAGCAUCAGCACCCUCCCAUGGCACAAUGACGUGAUUUGACGCAUUUUUUCUUUUUUCUUCUUCUUUCUUUCAUUGAGGAGUGAAGAGGGAGGGAAGAAGCAGAGCUUGUCAGUGUGGUCCAUGUUCCCAUCAGCUAUUCAGCAUUUGUAGUGUCAGCUCCGUGCUGUUUUCUCUCAGUACAUGUCACAUGGCUGUGCCUAUGUGGAAACAAGUGAAUAGUUGAAAAUGGAGUCAGCCAGCACUCAGAGCAGAGUUUCGUGGAAACCCAACUCCUUUUUCUGAGUGGUCUACUUUUUUACUUAUAUAACACUGGUUCUUUAAUCCUCAUGAGUGCUGCAAACAAACAGUGAAGGAACUUAUUUAUAAAUCUAUGGCAUCACUGCGAUGCAUCUCAGAAAUCUGGCUUACAAGCGCUACGAUAAAUUGUACAGUACCAGUUUUCUUUCUAAAGAUCCGGUGAUGCAUUACAAAGAAAGACCUUUCAGCUAGGUCCAAAACUUGUCCUAAAGGAUAGGAGGAUAGGGGCUUUCCUAACGGACAGUCUUCUCUUCUCAUUUGACUUAAGGAGUCUUUGCAGUAAAAGCUGAAAAUCGAAAUUACAUUUCUCAAAAUACCCUCAGGUGCUUAAAUCUGAGAGUUUCACGGUUCGUAGUAUGUUUGAUAACUCUGGGAGGUAAAUUAUUAUUGGUAAAUUAUUACUAUGAAAUUGAAGGUUAAACAAUUCAUUUUUAAAAGAUUAAUAUUUCAGUAAAAGGGUAAUAAGAGGGGUACCAGCCCAGUGGGCAGAAGAGUGAGGUGACUAACAGCUAUAGUAAUAUGGUUUCUACUAAUAAUUGUAGAUUUUCAUGUACUGCUGGUUUGGCUGUCAGCUCUCUCUCUUCCCCCAGGUGUUUGUAAUGAAUAAAACUGUCAGAAGGUUAGAAAGAGUACCAUACACGCACAACGGUUUUUGCUACUGUUAAACACAAUCAUUAUCUCUUGCUGUUGCAAAUAAUGAAUGAACCUGUUCACAACCAUGAAUGCUGUUUGAGUUUAUCUCAUAACACAGAAUUACUUCAUUGUCACCAGUUGACAGAUAAAGUGGGCUGAAAUGGCCCUGCUCCUUGGCACAGGCAGCCGUUUCGACGCUGUGGGGAUCUGAUCUCCAACCAAAUGUCUGUGGAUCGCUCUCUUUUCAUUUUUCCUCAGGCUGUUUUCAUUUCAUAGGGAAAUUUAGGUCAUCCCACUUCCACAUCUCAGAGGAAAUCUAUUAGUCAUGAUACAGGGUCUCAGCCAUUUGGUGACAUGGUGUUGUCAAGCUUUUGUUUUAUUUCAGUUCUUUUUUCUUUGUUUGCUUCUUCAUUUCAUGAUUUUUUAAAAUGCAUUAUUGUUUUUAAGGUUGAAAUAGUGAGUGGAUCUUCAAUGAUUUGACAGGGUUCACUUCACAUUUAGAUGCCCAAGAUGCCUUUAAAAAAAAUUUAAAUCUCUUAUUUUGUCCUAGAGUGUACAUUUCAGGGUUAGGGUUAGCCUUAGGGUUAGCCUUAGGCUUAGGCUUAGGGUUAGGGUUUUCAUUUGCAUGUUUUAUGUAUGAAGACUUGCACAGUUAAAGGAGUGUUAGUGGUAAGUGUGAACCUUAUUCCUAUGGAAAUGUUUUAUUUCCCACAUUCCUCAUUUGGCAUAUACUUCUAGAGUCAUUACACACAAACCUUACUCUAAUGGCUGAAUGAAGUUAUGUUUCUAUUUUUGUGAAACUGCAUCAGGAGUGAGUCACCAUUUCCAGUUUCCAUGAAUUAAUUCGUCUGGUUUUAUUUUACCUUGGGGGCUACUGCAAAAAAAAAAAGAAGAAGAAGCAAACAGUAUUCAUGUAUUCAUGUUUAAUGUUUAAUUGUCACGUUCACCCCUUCCUGGCGUUGUAGUUCCCAUGGCAAAUCUACCUGUUUUUCACUUCCUGGUUUUGUUUCCUCAUGCUUCCUUGUUUUGGUUUCAUUCUGUUCCGCCCCCUCAUUAGUAUCUGUGUCUAUUAUUGUCUUCACCUGUAUCUUGUUAGUCCUCAGUAAGCUCUGUGUUUGUAUGUAGUCUUUGCGAAGUCUCGUCACCAUUUGGUACAUUUGCCUAGCCUUUCGAUUCUGAGCCAUUGUAUCAAUUGUUUCUAAUCAGUCUUCUUGGAUGUUUUGACUUUUGCCUGUUUCCCUGGGUUUUGCUCUCUUGUGUGCUCCUGUACUGUUUUUUUUGGAUACUACUACUGUGUUUUGGUUUAUGAACUCUGCCCAUUUUGACUAUUUCUUUGCGUACCCCUGUGCAAUUAAAGCAAGCCUGUUUUACUGCAGUCAACUCCGUCUGCAGUCAUACAAAAUUAAACUGAUGUGCUGAACAGUGCCAUUAAAUUUACAUUUUGAAAGAC